CAGGACAGCCAUUGGAUGACCUGCUCUUAACUCAGUUCAUGAUCUGCAGCCUGGGUCGGCCGGUCUGAUAUCAAGUGACAGUUAAGGCUGGCUGCUAACUCGAACCCCCGAAACAUGGUGGCGACAGGUCAGGCUUUCAAAUAAUUUAAUAUGAAGCCUCACGGAAAACAUGGGAAUAAAGGAAAUAUUUGCGGAGGAAUUUAGUUCCACGAGUUUCCUUCUCGACUACAAAUAUCCGGGGCGGUUUGUGCGGUUUGAGUGUGGGUACCCGAAGUUGUACGCAGCCUGGCGGUUUAUAUGGAUGCUCUACAACAUAGCUGCAAUCAUAUCGAGUGGACUCCUUGAGAAGUAUUAUGCCAGCUCGCCAGACAACAGAUGGAAGUGGCUGAUUUUCCUCACGAACUGGACGUUCGUUGUCCUGACAGUUGGGUGCAUUGUGGACUUCUUCACAACAGUGUUCGUCCAGUGGGGAUAUCCGCAGCUGCUGGAAGAGAAAGAAGAGGAAUCGUUACCAUGGUACCUGAAGCUGGUGUGGGUGUUGUCUAACAUCUACAACGCUGUGUCUCUGAUGGUCACCGUGGGUUACUGGGGCUUCGGCACCUUCGACCCAACAAAAGGUUUGUCAGGACCGCGAGCUCUUCCCUUCCUCGGCCACGGGAUGAAUUCCAUCUACGUCAUCUGCAACAUCUGUGUUACGGCUAUGCCUGUACGUCUCUUCCACCUGUGGCAACCUUUAGUCUUCACCGUCAUAUACGGCACCUUCAACAUCAUCUACAUCGCUGCAGGCGCCACCGACGAUACAAACAAGCCCUACAUCUAUCCACCAAUAGACUGGCGGAAAAACCCCGUUCAGACGGAAGCUAUAGGUCUUGCUGUAGUGUUUGGCGUGAUCUUCGCGCAUAUGGUGAUAUUCUUCCUACAUCUAGCCCGUAGAGGCAUAGUGCACGUUUGGCGAUGCAGAUCGCCAGCAGAAGAGGAGGAAUCAACUGCAGCCAAAAUAAAGUCCUCCAGCGACGCAUACGGGAGCACUCACACAACCAAUAACUUGUAACAUGCAUUCGGGUAUAUAUGGCAUAUGGUUGAAUAAAGUGUUGAGUUUAA